GGAAUCAGGUUAUUUUAUUGGGCCAAAGGAACUUUGAAGUUUCUCUUUACUGACAAGAAGUUCAAUAAUAUUUAAUGCGAUUUCGCAUAUAGUCUUUUCUUCAUUAAAGUAAGCUGUGUAUUGAUUCUUUUCUUUCAUAAUGUUGUCAAGAGCUAUCGGAAGGUCGUUGCAAACGCCAGCUCUUAGAAAUAGUUCGACGAAUUUCCGAAUAACCUCAUCAACGUCAUGGACUCGGUCGAUGGCGAACAAUCGCCGCCAGCCUAAAAAGCCUACAGAUUAUAAUAGACCUUCGGGUACGCCAACACCAUCCGGUCCAGCUGGGGCACAAGCUGCUUUUACUUCACCAAAAUCAGGUUUGAGUAGUGAUAAAUCUGGUAACCCAGACUUCUCCAAGGCGCAGGAUGAAGUGAGUAAGGGGGCUUCACCACAGAGGAAUACCGUACCACAAUCAGAGGGAGGAGGUGCCGGUGUACCAAACCCAGAUGCAAGGAAAGGUGAAAGCCCAGACUUCUCUGGCAAGCAAAAUGAAUUCGAGACAAUCGCUGUCGACCCCGCACAAGCUGAAUUCGAAAGUAAACCUCUACCAGAUCUCACCCAAGGUAUUCCUUCAACUCUGGACUUUGAGUUGGCAAAUAGAAAAUCGAAAGCAUCGCCAUUGAACCUUACAGAAGCGGCAGAUCCUGAAGAAGAUCCUAGUGGUGGGGGUAAAGGUCGCGGGGAAUUGCCAGCAUCUGCGUAUGUUUCUUCCUCGGAAAGAAAGAGAAACCAAAUGGCCAACUACAUGUAUCUUGCAUUCUUCAUAUCUGCGAUCACUGGUACGGUAUACAUGGGAAGGAAUUGGGAAACAGAGGAAGAGGAAAGACUACAUUCGGAAACUGCUCCAUCUGGAUGGUCACUCACCGGCAUGUGGAAUCGUGUCAGGGCCCGAACCGGAGACCAACUUGGACACUACACUGAGCCAGCUUUUACCAAGUUACUCCCCGAUCCAAGUCCCAUGUUUGAGCGCCCUUAUACUUUAGUUUUAAGUAUGGAGGAUCUUCUAAUUCACAGUGAAUGGACCAGAGAACAUGGUUGGCGACUGGCAAAAAGACCUGGUGUGGAUUAUUUCUUGAGAUAUCUAAGUCAAUAUUACGAAUUGGUCAUCUUCACCACUCAACCAUCUACUUUAGCAGAGCCAGUUAUUCGAAAAUUCGAUCCAUAUCACAUCGUUACUUGGCCGCUUUUCCGAGAGGCAACACUUUAUGAAAACGGUGAAUAUAUCAAGGAUCUUUCAUACCUCAACCGUGAUCUCUCAAAGGUCAUAUUAAUCGAUACUAAAGCACACCACGCAAAGAAGCAACCAGAAAACGCAAUAAUCCUCAAGCCAUGGACAGGUGACGUCCAAGAUAAAGAGCUUGUUUCUUUAAUUCCUUUCCUUGAAUACAUCCCUACAAUGCAAUACGCCGAUGUACGCAAAGCCUUGAAAUCAUUUGAUGGAACACAUAUUCCUACUGAAUUUGCCAAACGUGAGGCAAUUGCAAGAAAGAAGUUCCAAGAACAACUUGCAGAGGAAAGAAAGAAGCAUGGAAAGAGAGGGGGUGGUGUAGGACUACUAGGAAGUGCUUUGGGUAUCAAGCCAGGUGGAAUGAUGGUGACAGAUCCUAACGAACAGAGUCUAGCGGAUGCGCUUGCUCAAGGAAAAAUGUUGCAAGAUCUAGCGAGAGAAAGGGGGCAAAAGAACUACGAGGCAUUUGAUAAGGAAAUUCGCGAGAAUGGAGCAAAAUGGCUGAAGGAAGAAGCCGAGAUGGAGGAGAGAGCCAAAGAAGAGGGACUAAAGGCCAUGAAGAGUGGAAUGACAGGUGGUUGGUGGGGAAGUUCUUCGUCGUAAUGGUUGAUGAAUUAGAGGAUUAAAAUGGACGAGUGUAUAUUUUAUAUGUAUCAUGAAUGAGGCGUCAAAAGGAUUGAAGGACCGACGGCCUCGAAUCUCACCUCUGCAAAUGCGGCCGAGAUUGGAUUGUGGUAUCUCAGUUAUGUUUGAGAUGUAUGGGUCAUGCGAUGUAGAAUCGGCGAUCACGACUCGAAUGUUAUGAUGCAUUUAGGUAGCGUAGCAUGGAAGCUCAAUCUGUACCUGUAUCUGUAUGUACUAUAAAUGUCUGAAUAUUCCCACA